ACCUUCUCACGCCCUCCGUGUACUUUAGUACAACCAUCCAUGGAAGCUGUCACGGAUUCUUGUGUGAAUAUUCCUGAUUUUGGUAAGAAUUUCUGCCCUCCAAUAUAUCCACUAGGUGAGCAGAAGUGGCAACUAAUUAUGGGUGUUCCUUUAAUAUGCAUUCACUCUCUUCAAGUGAAGCCCUCUCCAUUGCCACUUCCUUUGCAUCACAAACAGUGAUUGAAUGCCAGCCACUUAUGAUUCAUCUUCAGGAACAAUCUUGUUUAAGGAUAUCCUCUUUCUUAGCUGAUGGAAUAGUUGUAAAUCCUGGCCCCGUUUUACCUGAUUCUUCAGUUAUUUCCCUUGUUUUUACUCUCAAGGACUUGGACAUUAGUGUUCCUCUAGACACAACUAAACUGGAUAAUCCUAGUAGCAAAAGGAACCUUACUGUUGAAAAGUCCUUUGCUGGAGCUAGACUUCAUAUUGAAAAAUUGUUUUUCUCUGAGUCACCUUCACUAAAACUCAAGCUACUGAACCUGGAGAAAGAUCCUGCUUGCUUCUGUCUCUGGGAGGGUCAACCAAUUGACGCUAGCCAGAAGAAAUGGACAGCUGGAGCAUCACAACUUAGUUUGUAUUUGGAAACAUCUGCUAGCUUAACUGGACUUCAGAGUUAUGCUGGCUGUACUUCAGGCUUGUGGAGGUGUGUCGAGGUUAAAGAUGCUUCUGUUGAGGUAGCUAUGGUAUCUGCUGAUGGGAAUCCAUUAAGAAUUGUUCCUCCUCCUGGCGGUGUUGUCAGAGUAGGGCUUGCUUGUGACCAAUAUUAAUCCAAUACUUCUGCUGAGCAGUUA